CACACAAAAUUGCUAAUCUCGUCACUUUAAUAUUUAUUAUCAGUCAAAUUAUCCAAAAUUGUGACCAUCUCCGUCGUCGAUUUCUUCGUAUUCCGGUGGCUGAGGAGCAUUUGUUUAGGUUUUCUCAGACAAACACUGUGAGAAAAUUUUAAGUGUUCCUGAGGAGUAAAAGAGGAAAAAGGAGAAUGAGAAUAGUCGGGUUAACGGGAGGCAUAGCGUCUGGGAAGAGUACAGUCUCCAACCUCUUCAAGGCUAGUGGCAUUCCCGUUGUUGACGCUGAUGUUGUUGCUCGAGAUGUAUUGAAGAAAGGAAGCGGUGGUUGGAAAAGAGUAGUUGCAGCUUUUGGUGAGGAGAUUCUGCUUCCUAGUGGAGAAGUGGAUCGUCCAAAACUCGGUCAGAUUGUGUUUUCAUCUGGUUCUAAGCGCCAACUUCUAAACAAACUGAUGGCUCCAUACAUAUCAAGUGGUAUCUUUUGGGAAAUUCUGAAACAAUGGGCGAGUGGUGCUAAAGUGAUAGUUGUCGAUAUCCCUUUGUUGUUCGAAGUGAAGAUGGAUAAAUGGACUAAACCUAUUGUGGUUGUGUGGGUUAGUCAAGAAACACAGCUUAAGAGACUAGUGGAGAGAGAUGGACUGAGUGAGGAAGAUGCAAGAAAUAGAGUGAUGGCUCAGAUGCCGUUGGAUUCGAAAAGAAGCAAAGCUGAUCUUGUGAUCGAUAAUAAUGGCUCUCUCGACGACCUCCACCAACAGUUCGACAAGGUUUUGUCUGAAAUCAGAAAACCCUUGACGUGGAUCGAGUUUUGGCGUUCAAGGCAAGGAGCCUUCUCGGUCAUUGGUUCGGUGAUUUUAGGAUUAUCUGUUUGCAAACAGCUCAAAAUUGGCUCUUAACAUUUUGAUUUUUUUCUGAUUUUUCAAUGAUGCAAACUGUAAGUCAUCACUUCUGUUACUGUUAAUAAAUUUCUUGUAAGAAUCUUUCAACUUUCAUAUAUUUAA